GAGGGAGGGAGAGAGAGAGAGAGAGAGAGGUGUAGAUGAUUUUUUCUGUAACUUGUGUGCAACUGAUGAUUUUCUUUCUGCUCUCUUCACACUCACACACUUCUCUUUGGAGAGCCACUGGGAUGUGACAGUAAAACAGUGAGAAUAUGAUGCAAAGACUCAACGGGAAGGACUCAGUGAAACAGAAUGCAAGCUGGAUGCCACAUAAAUGAGUGAAACUGGGGGACUAUGAGCCAUAAAGCGUGACUGCUUCAGCUUGGCCUCUGCAGAGCUGGACUCAAACGGCACACGGCACGACCUUCAGGAACACUUCGAGAAUCGUUCUGUACUUCUGAUGGAUUUCCACGCUGAUUCUCUAUGUCUGGAGCUCUGAGCCUUGGCCGGUCUCUGAUCUGCUGCUCGACCUUUGACCUCUGAGUGACCUCUUCACAGCAGUAAAACGUGACUCUGGACACCCGAUCUACAGGAUGUUCUGGAAGCUGGCAAUACCUGCCAUUUUGGCAUGGACCCUUUUUGUGUCUACGGAGACCAAGAAGCCUCGUCCUCAAGGUUCCAUCCCAUCCCCAUACAAGCUAAAAGGCAAUGAUUUGUCAUCACCAUCCCACACACUAGCAGCAUUGCCCCAGCACACAUCAGCACAACGACAGAAGGGAAAACACGACAUGCUGUCGUCGAGUCGCGAGGCCCUGGUAGUCACCGAGAGGAAGUACCUGAAGAGCGACUGGUGCAAAACACAGCCAUUACGUCAAACGGUGAGCUUGGAGGGCUGUCUGAGCCGAACUGUAAUCAACCGGUUCUGCUACGGCCAGUGUAACUCUUUCUACAUCCCACGCCACCUGACGUCUCAAGCUUCACAUCGAAGUCGAAAAACAGCAUCCACGUCAGACCACCACACUUCAUUUCAGUCCUGUGCGUUCUGCCGGCCAAGCCGGAUAACCACGGUCACCGUACGGCUUCACUGCCCUGGGCUGCAGCCCCCAUACCGGCAACGGAAAGUGCAACGGAUCAAGCAGUGCAAAUGUGUGUCUGUUAAUGUCAGUGCUGCAUACUGAGUAGGUGCACAUACGAAACAAUGCUUUAGGGUGUUCUGUUUAAAAAAAAAAAAAACUGGGGUCGCCCCAACAAUCAAUGUGUGAAACGUGCCAAAGACAACAGCUAAUCAGAAGACUGGCCACCUUCAUCAUGUCUGGACUGUACUGCAUUAUGCUCUACGGGAAUGCUUAAUAGCUGCCGAGCAGCACAGCAAUGGAAACAAUGUUGGAUUUUUCUUCUUUUUUUGACAAAUAUAAAGAACCUGAGAGUUCAACUACAUACAAGAAUGAAACAGUAAAUAACAUUCUUGUGUUAAAUUAACUAUGUUUGACCUUUGACCUCUCGAAAAUUUUCUUUUUCAAAACGGAUGGAGCGUCUGUAUCCCAGCGUUCUCCUGCCUUACCUCAGAAAUGCUGAUUCUCUAUUGAGUGCAACAGUUGGGUUCCGGAAGUAAAAAUCCUAUUCAUUUUAUCCAUAGGGGAAUUGGUGAAGUUCCAAACCUGUGUGAUCUACGAGGUUGUUAGUUGAUGGUAAAUGCUUCUGUUGAAGCCAUCAGUCUACAUUAUUUCAACUUAUUUUUAAACAAUCAUGUUUAACUGCGGAAUUCCUAAAGAAAAACUACAUUACC